AUGCCCAUGCAGGGAGUCCAGGGGAGGCUGCGAGGCUCCCUCAAUGCCACGCCCCCCACUGCACCCCACUUGGGGCUGGCUGCUAAUCAGACGGGCCCCUGGUGCUUGGAGGUGUUCAUCCCGGAUGGGCUUUUCCUCUCGCUGGGGCUGGUGAGCUUGGUGGAGAAUAUGCUGGUGGUGGCUGCCAUUGCCAAGAACCGCAACCUGCACUCACCCAUGUACUACUUCAUCUGCUGCCUGGCUGUGUCCGACCUACUGGUGAGCAUGAGCAACGUGCUGGAGACAGCUGUCAUGCUGUUGCUGGAGGCAGGCAUGCUGGCUUCACUGGCAGGCAUAGUGCAGCAGCUGGACAAUGCCAUCGACAUGUUUAUCUGCGGCUCCAUGGUGUCCAGCCUCUGCUUCCUGGGUGCCAUCGCGGUGGACCGCUACAUCACCAUCUUCUAUGCGCUUCGCUACCACAGCAUCGUGACACUGCCCCGGGCACGUCGGGUCAUUGCCACCAUCUGGGUGGCCAGUGUGCUCUGCAGCACCCUCUUCAUUGCCUACUACGACCGAACUGCUGUGCCGCUCUGUCUCGUCAGCUUCUUCCUGGCCCUGGUGGUGCUCAUGGCGGUGCUGUACGUGCACAUGCUGUCCCGGGCCUGCCUCCACGCCCGCGGCAUUGCCCGGCUACACAAGCGGUGGCACCCAGUCCGCCAGGGCCUUGGCCUCAAGGGUGCUGCCACACUCUCCAUCCUGCUGGGCUCCUUCUUUCUCUGCUGGGGCCCCUUCUUCCUGCACCUCACACUCAUCGUCCUCUGCCCCCAGCACCCCACCUGCAGCUGCGUCUUCAAGAACUUCAAACUCUUCCUCACUCUCAUCAUCUGCAACUCCAUCGUGGACCCCCUCAUCUAUGCCUUCCGCAGCCGGGAGCUCCGCAAGACACUCAAGGAGGUGCUGCUGUGCUCCUGCGGGGAUCAUGGUGGUAAGAGUGGCAAGAAGCCCUUGAGGGGUGCCCACUGCUGGCAUCAGGAGGACUGUGACUGGCAGAGCCAUGUGCCACAAAGUGCCCACCUUGUAGAGAAAGCCCACCGCCCCCAUGGCCGGCUGGUCGUGGAGCCGCCCCUCCCUCCGUGCGCUCAGCCCAAAUCCCAAGGGCCCGACCGGGUCCAGCCCAGCUGCACCGGGCGGCGGAGAAGGUGCCACGCCCGCCGCAUUGUGCGCGGAGAUGGGCGGAUGCGCGGUGCUGAUGCUGCGGAACCGGUGCCGCAGUCCGCGGAGGCCCGGGAUUGGCUGCGCAGUGCUGACGCGACUGCAGCCGCCAGCGCCGAGAUGAGGGAGAUCGUGCACAUCCAGGCCGGCCAGUGCGGCAACCAGAUCGGGGCCAAGUUCUGGGAAGUCAUCAGUGAUGAGCAUGGCAUCGACCCCAGUGGCAACUAUGUGGGGGACUCAGACCUGCAGCUGGAACGGAUCAGCGUCUACUACAACGAGGCCUCCUCUCACAAGUAUGUGCCUCGAGCCAUUCUGGUGGACCUGGAGCCUGGAACCAUGGACAGCGUCCGUUCCGGGGCCUUUGGGCACCUCUUCAGGCCUGACAACUUCAUCUUUGGUCAGAGUGGAGCUGGCAACAACUGGGCCAAAGGUCACUACACAGAGGGUGCAGAGCUGGUGGACUCAGUCCUGGAUGUCGUGCGGAAGGAGUGUGAGAACUGCGACUGCCUGCAGGGCUUCCAGCUGACCCACUCACUGGGUGGGGGCACUGGCUCGGGCAUGGGCACGCUGCUCAUCAGCAAGGUGCGCGAGGAAUACCCCGACCGCAUCAUGAACACCUUCAGCGUGGUGCCCUCGCCCAAGGUAUCUGACACCGUGGUGGAGCCCUACAACGCCACGCUGUCCAUCCACCAGCUGGUGGAAAACACAGAUGAGACCUACUGCAUCGACAAUGAAGCCCUCUACGACAUCUGCUUCCGCACCCUCAAGCUGGCCACGCCCACCUACGGCGACCUCAACCACCUUGUGUCGGCCACCAUGAGCGGCGUCACCACCUCCCUCCGCUUCCCCGGGCAGCUCAACGCAGAUCUGCGAAAGCUGGCUGUCAACAUGGUGCCCUUCCCCCGCCUGCACUUCUUCAUGCCCGGCUUUGCCCCACUCACCGCCCGGGGCAGCCAGCAGUACAGGGCUCUGACCGUGCCCGAGCUCACCCAGCAGAUGUUCGACGCGAAAAAUAUGAUGGCGGCCUGUGACCCACGCCACGGCCGCUACCUUACCGUGGCCACCGUCUUCCGUGGGCGCAUGUCCAUGAAGGAGGUGGACGAGCAGAUGCUGGCCAUCCAGAGCAAGAACAGCAGCUACUUCGUGGAGUGGAUACCCAACAACGUCAAGGUGGCUGUGUGUGACAUCCCACCCCGUGGCCUCAAGAUGUCCUCCACCUUCAUCGGCAACAGCACGGCCAUCCAGGAGCUGUUCAAGCGUAUCUCAGAGCAGUUUACCGCCAUGUUUCGGCGCAAGGCCUUCCUGCACUGGUACACGGGCGAGGGCAUGGAUGAGAUGGAGUUCACCGAAGCGGAGAGCAAUAUGAAUGACCUGGUGUCCGAGUACCAGCAGUACCAGGACGCCACAGCCGAGGAGGAGGGCGAGAUGUAUGAGGAUGACGAGGAGGAGUCGGAGGUCCAGGGCCCCAAGUGAA